UGGCCUUCGGGAGCGAGGGGUGUGUCCGCCUAUAAACACGCCGGCUGCUUCCAGGCCUCCCGUUGCUGUCCCCUGGUGUCCCGGCUCCCUGCACCCAUCUCUGUCCACUCCUCGCCGAGUGGAACCCUCCCGCCGUGUGCGCCUUUUUCUCCCGUGUCGGUGGGAAUCUCCACGCUCGCCGCAGACCAUCAUGCUGACCCUGGUGGCGCUGGCCUCGCUCGUCGUCCUGGGAAUAGUGCCCGAAAAGUCUGAGGCCAUCGUGAUCUACACGGGCUGGGAGCGCCACGCCCUGGUGGGCUCGGACGUGCGGCUCUCCUGCUCCUUCUUUUCCUGGCGCUGGACCUCUGAGGACGUCACUUUCUCCUGGACGUACAGGCCUGACGGCUCGCGGGACAGCAUCUCUGUGUUCCACUACACCGGGGGUGUGGCCUACGUGGAUAACAAAGGCCCCUUCAGGGACCGCCUGGAAUUCGUGGGCGACCCCAGCCGCCGCGACGGCUCCAUCCUGCUAAAGAACUUGGACUUCGCCGACAAUGGAACCUUCACGUGCGACGCCAAGAACCCGCCCGACAUCGUGGGCCGACCUUCCAGCGUGCGCCUGCUGGUGUUUGAAAAGGUGCCCAUCCAGGCGGGCGUGAUCACGGGCUCCAUCAUCGGGGCGGUGCUGGGCCUGCUGGUGCUCAUCGUGGUCAUCUACUACCUGAUGCGCUUCCUGGUGGCGCGCCGCGUCUUCAGCCUCAACGUCAGCAAACAUGGCAAGAAAAAGAAGGAGGGAUCACAGCAGAGACAGGGCCCCGCGCCGCCCGCCGACCCCGCCAAGCUGAAGGCCUCGGAGAAGAAGAAGCAGGAGUCUCGCAAGGAUAGGAAAUAGGAUACGGGGCGGGGCUGGGGCGGGCUCGCAGGCCGGCUGCUCCAGCCCCUGCGCCAGGCGGUGGCCAGGCCCCCGCCUGGGCGUGGCGUGGCCAGUAGGGCGGAUAACGAGGAGGGCGGCGGCCGGGUGCUGAUGACCAUCGAGCUGGAGAUGACCCGCCAGAACGGCGCGGAGGGGCCCGGCAAGGGGAGCGCCCGACCUCCAGGCCUCCUCUCUCGGCUCGCCAACCAGCUCUCCUUCAAAUAGGCGGGGGUUGGGGGGGGGGCGGGGGUGUUGAUGCAGGGGCCGCCACCUAUAAUAAAUGAGUCCAAUGGUAUCUCAUCGACUGUACACGCAGAUUUAUGGGCCCCCUGUCGCCAUUAUCUUGUCGACUGGUCGUUUGAUAACACCUCCUCGCUUAACCCUCCCCCUCCACACCCCCACGAGUGUCCGAUACGCAUCAUGACGCCACUCCUCCAAUUCCCCCCGCCAACUCCCUAUGCCAAUGUUUUUAACUGCUGUCCUAUCUCUUUGUCUCACUCCCCGUCCCUUCUUCUUCUUCUUCUUCUUCCUCUUCUUGUGCUCCAGAUAAAGGUCUGACUCCUCCGUGACGCCUCCGCCUCUCUAGCCUGCUCAACGCCACCCCCUCCCCUUCUGCGCUCUGCCGCCAUUACUCGCCAUUAUCUCUCUUCCUUUCAAGCAGGCUAUAAGAGGAAUAGUCCCGCUCCGUCGGUGGCAGCAGUGUCAAAUAAUUCCCCGUCGCCUCGCCGCCGCCGCCCCUUUAUGCACUCGUCGGGCAAAGUGUAAAAAGUGUUUAAGGCCUAACUGCGCUCGUAACCUCCGCCAGAGGAGCCUUCUAGGCGUGCCUCGGGGUUUUCCUCAAUCUUCUCCUCCCCCCCCCUUUUUUUUUUUACGACUCAAUCUGGCGCACAUAGCGAGCCUCGACCGCACCUCCGCUAGAGAAAUACGACGCCGGCUCGCAGCCGACGGGAGACGGCGGACGAUCGGAGCUGCCGGCCGAACGCAGCUAAUGGAGGUCGUUUUCCCCGGCUAUUUCGGGCCUUACUGUAACAGCUGCGCAUUUCUUGGAGGAGAGUGAUCUUUAAGGGGGAGUGGGGGGGAGGGACAGCGUGGAGUGGGGGCUGGCGACUGACGAGCGGGGAUGACGUCACAGGCCAGAGGGCAGGCGGCGGACGCCCCUCUGGGAUCUUACAGUAACGAAGGCGCCCUCUUCAGUUCUUGAAGGUCCUCUUUGUGUCUUCACCUUUUAUCUCUUCCACUUCCUGUCGUCUGGCAUUAUUAGCCCACAGAAAAGUCCGCCACACAAUCCGCUCUGCUCGUUAAGCCGCUCCUUAUCUGACCUCACAGCCCCGCCUCCCUCCCCUUCGUUGUCCUUCACCCCCCCACCCUCACCCUCGCAAGGCGCCAUUUCAACCUCACCUUCCUUUUGAACUUUCUGUUUCCGCUGCGCUCAAAUGCCGGAGCGCUCACCUCUGCCCCCUACUGGAAAAAACAAAACCCACCAGAGCGGGAACCCUUUGACUGAAGAACCCCGUUCCGACCAAUGGCGGGAUGUCAGGAAUCGUUGAGUUCCGGAAGAAAAACCAUGCAGAACUGGCGCGGACGUCAUUUUUGUCGAGUAGAAACACAAACGAGCUUGAUUCCUUUUCGUUAUCGUCGUGGACAGCGAUAUUUUCUUUUAAAAUGGUAAAUUCUUGUAUAGCGCUUCUCUACCUACAAGGUACUCAAAGCGCUUUGACACUAUUUCCACAUCCAACCAUUCAUUCACACACUGAUAGCGAUGCAAGGCGCUAACCGCGACCCAUCAGGAGCAAGGGUGAAGUGUCUUGCUCGAGAACACGACGGACGUGACUGGGUUGGUAGAAGCUGGGGAUCGAACCACCGACCCUCUGGUUGCUGGCACGGCCGCUCCCCCAACCCGCACCACGCCCUCACAAAGCGCCAUUUCAACCUCAGCUUCCUUUUGACCUUUCUGUUUCCGCUGCCUCAAAUGCCAAAGCGCUCACCUCUGCCCCCUACUGGAAGAAACAAAACACACCAGGGCGGGAAGCCUUUGACGAGGGUCCCUCCUGACUGACCAAUGGCGGAAUGUUAGGAAUCGUUGUUGAGUCCCGAAAGAAAAACCAUGCGGAAUAAGCGCGGACGUCAUUUUUGUCGAGUAGAAACACAAACUAGCUUGAUUCCUUUUCGUUAUCGUCGUGGUCCGCGGUAUUUUCCUUUAAAAACGGUAAAUACCUUUCUACCUUCAAAGUACUCAAAGCGCUUUGAUGCUAUUUCCACAUUCACCCAUUCAUUCACACACUGAUAGCGGGGAGCUGCCAUGCAAGGCGCUGACCGCGACCCAUCAGGUGCAAUGGUGAAGUGUCUUGCUUGAGAACACGACGGACGUGACUGGGUUGGUUAGAAGCUGGGGAUCGAACCAGGAACCCUCGGGUUGAUGGCACGGCCGCUUUCCCAACCCACGCCACGCUGUCCCCAAACGAAAAUUGUUCUGACUUGUGUCGGAACCCUUCAGAAACCUGGACAAUUGAAAACCGAACUAUGCUUUUUGGUGGAAACUUGGUCAAGCUAAGCUUAAUGUAAAACAAAGCGACAAAACAAAAGUAGCUGACCCGAAUAAAGAUUAAAAAUAAAUAAACACGUUUUACAAGAUGGAGGGCGGAGGUGGGACUAAGAUCGGACAUUCGUCUGCACACUUCCCUUGUCACAGUGCUCCCCACCCCUCCCCCCCAACGUUCACCACGAGCCACAGACGGAUGGCGAUCGGGGUGGACGGCCGAGACUUGAAUGUUCCUUUCUAGUUCCCUAGCAGGAGGCGCUACGAGACGUCGUAACUGGAGAUGUUUCUUUGACUUUUCACCCGGGCCUCAUUUUUAAGGACACCACUGGCUUCGAGAACGCUCCAUGCUUGACUUACCGAGCGUAGUCCAGAACCUCAUCAUUCAUUUGGUCCUAUGAACUGUCGCACCACCCUGAUAGGACUUUCUAGAGCAGGGAUAUUCAAAUUUUUUGGGGGCGGGUUCCACAUUUCUAUAAACCUAAGGACCAAGGGACCUUAGGUUUUUUGAACUGAAUUCUCGGUCCACCAGUUGAAUAGCCUAAAUGAUGAAAAAGAGAGGAACUAAAACGUAAUUUUGAGGAACAACACCAGUAUAACUAAAGUUGAACAAACAGCUACUGACUGCAUCUCAACACCUUCGUUACGUAAAUCACGUUCCGAAAAAAAAUGUGCACCUGCCAAAAAUGAGGGGAUGCCCUGAGGAAUGUCAUUCACAAGUUUGAAACCCAGUGUUCUUUGUUUACUAGCAAAGUUGGAUCUGCCAAUGUGUUCAUAGUGGUCCGAGUUCCUCUGUAUAAAACGAGUACUCUAGUGUUUUUAGGGGUUUAUUGCAAAAAAGUUUGAAUUCUAAGUUUUGAGCUGAACUAUUAUAGUCCUGAGCCCCCAAUUGAAUAACCCUGUUCUAGAUCCAUCAGUACAGUAUGAAUUAUUCCCAACAUACAUGAACAUAUGUAAUUGCGUCCAUGGAAACCGGACCUGUCCUGUAUUUUAGCUUUAGCCCUCCAGCUAACAAAUGAGAAUGUUCACGCUAAUUCCAUUAAAACUUGUUUUCUUUGAAUGUUUUAUGAGCUGUGUUAAAUAGCAAUGUAACAUUGACCCUCAUUUGAAAUUUGACUGGAGCUUCUGUUAUGAUUAUUAUUAUUUUGACCUUUGUUUUAAUGCUUGUCGUCAUUCUUAAUGGAUGUGUAAUAUUAUUGUAAAAAGAACGUGAAUAAACAUUUAAGUCUUGA